GUGAUCAUCUUUGGAUUAUGCCAAGAUAGUUUUAAAAUGUCUCGGAGCAGUACUGCAAAUCGAAGCCGAAACAGCUCUCUGGAGAAACCCAGAAGAUCAGGAAACUCUGGAAGAUACAGCAGCCCCAGAUCAAGCAACCAGAUCAGCUACAGUGAAGUGCUAUGUGAUUUUUGUCUGGUUAAGAAGAAUAAAGCUGUAAAGUCAUGUCUGACAUGCUUAACCUCAUUCUGCGAGACUCAUCUCCAGGCCCAUUUUGAGUAUCCAGCUCUUAUGAAGCACAAGCUGGUGACGGCAACAGGGCAACUGCGUGAGAAAAUCUGUGCAGAACAUGAUAAACUUUUGGAGGUUUUCUGCCGUUCUGACCAAGCAUGUGUUUGUGUAUUGUGUAUCAUGGAGGAGCACAAAAAACAUGAUAUUGUUUCAGCUGCAGCUGAAAGGACAGAAAAGCAGAAAGAGCUUGGGGCUAAACUGAUGGCUUCACAGCAGAAAAUUGAGGAAAGGAUGAAGAAAUGGCAAGAACUUAGGCAGGCAGUGGCAUCUCUAAAACAUUCUUCUCAGAGUUUGCUGGAUGAAAAUGAGCGUAUUUUCGCUGAACUGCUCCGGGCACUGGAGAGGAGGUAUGCAGAAGUGAAGGAGAUGAUCCGAGCGCAGGAAACUUUUCUGGUGACAAGUGCAGAGGGACACCUGGACAGACUGGAGGAGGAGAUCACACUGCUUAGAAAGAAACAUAAUGACCUGGAGCAGCUGUCCCACUCUGAUGAUCAUAUCCAUUUCUUACAGAGCUGGCAGUCUCUCUCUGCUCCUUCUGGAUAUGAAGACUUGUCCAAAGUGACAUUAGCCCCACACCACACAUUUGACAAUGCAAAGAAAGCCAUCUCUGAACUGAAAGUGCAAUUAGAAGACAUAAGCAAGGGAGAACUGAACAAAAUCUCCUCAGCAGUGAAAGAAGUUCAAAUUCUGCAGACUCUGGAACCAGUAAAAAGGGAGGAGUUCUUAGAAUAUUAUUGCCAGCUUUCACUGGAUGCCUCAACAGCAUACCCAAGCCUGCAGCUGUCAGAGAGAAACACAGUGGUGCAGAUGAGUAAUGAACCAAAGCCGUACCCUGAGCACCCUGACCGCUUCGACUACUGGCAGCAGGUGCUGUGUAAGGAAGGUCUGGCCGGUGGUCGCUACUUCUGGGAGGUGGACUGGAGUGGCACAGAAAUAGAUAUAGCUGUGGCUUACAAGAGUAUUCAGAGGAAAGGAAAUGACAAUGCUUGUAGCUUUGGGGGGAAUAACAAGUCUUGGAGUUUAUACUGCUCUGAAUCCAAGUUCUCCUUUGUACAUAACAGCAAAAGCACCACUUUAUCUCGCCCAAGUUCCUCCAGAAUAGGGGUGUAUUUAGACUAUGCGGCUGGAACAGUAGCAUUUUACAGUAUGUCCGACACCAUGACGCUGCUUCACAAGGUUCAUACUAAAUUCACUGAGACCCUCUACCCUGGGUUUGGAGUCUGGGGAUAUGGGACAACUGUCCGACUGUAAAUUAGAGUAAAUUACUAAAAUAUGUUUGGUGUAAAGGUGUAGAGUGUUAAUCGGGAUGUUAAUAGUGGUUUUUACAUAUUUAUCUUAUACAGGAGUCAUUUGUCAACCACACUUUUAUCACUGCAUCCUGUAUUGACAGUGACUCAUCUUUAACAGCAAAGCAAAAUACUGCUAUUUUUCAUGUGUAAACCAUUACUUGGCUUAUUGAUUUAUUAUGUCUUGACUCUAAAUACUCUAGACACCACUCCAACCCUGUCUAUUCCUUACCAUUCUGCUUUACCUAUCAGAAACAUUUGAUACUGGAUACACUUGCAGUAUACUAGCUAUGUGGCACAAAAAGUAAGAAUAAUUUACAAACUUUUAAUAAAAAAAGAUAAUUAUAUCUGAAAAAUGGCAGUCUGUGACAAGUUACGUAUUAUAAUCCUUCACUGUAAUGCUUUGUUGAAAUGUUUUUAUUAUUGCAUAACAUUUGUAUUUAUCGUAUUGUUAUAGGAUAGGAUAUUUUAUUAGGCUAACUAUCUGUAAGGAAUUUUAUUCAAAUAAAAAUACUUCACUUUUUGUGUUAACCUUUUGGUUUUAAUUUAAAGGGAUAUUCACCCAAAA